UGGUUGGUGCAUACAAACACUGUUCAAUCGGACUGUGGAUUUUUAGGCAGAAGAGAGACAACAAAUCAGUUUACACCGGAUUUGCUUUUGAUCCGUCCUCGGAUCCUCCGCUUCUAAUAUAUUCAUCAUUUCCGAUUGCGAUCUGAUUCUCCGGUAACUUAUAUACCGUUCACUUUCACCUAUAGUUUUUGUAACGAAGAGGAACAAUGUCAGAAAAAGCCAUCGAGGAUGUAAAGGAGAAAGUAAUUGACGAUAAUCCCCCUCAGAAUCAAGAUCAUUGUGAGAAAUCUGAGGAACAAAUACCAGGUCCAGAUGAGAAAGAGGAAAAUCCUAUGCCUUCACAGCAUCAAGAGGAGGAGAUCAUCAAGAAGAAGUACGGAGGAAUAGUGCCAAAGAAGCCUCCUUUGAUAUCAAAAGACCAUGAACGUGCCUUUUUCGAUUCUGCUGAUUGGGCAUUAGGGAAGCAAGGAGGAGCUCAAAAACCUAAAGGGCCACUUAAAGCACUCAGGCCAAAGUUGCAGCCAACCCCACAUCAGCAAGUCCGUUCAAGGCGCUCGGCUUAUGCUCCUGCCGAUGAUGGUGAAGGGAGUGAUGGCAAUAUCGACCCCGCUGCAGAGGACCAGCAAUCCACCUUAGAAAGUGGCUGCAAUGACCAUGUUUCUGAGGAUAAAGUGUGCAAGGAAUAGCUAUCUGGACGAAAGGACUUGAUCCACUUAGACCGAGCAGCAUUCUGAAGUCCUUGAAUGAUGCCAAUAAGUGAAAGAUGCUGAAUUUUAAGCUUCACUUGUUAUGAUUGAUCAUUUAAUGUGGGACGAUGUAAUGCUUCCAUACUUUAAAAGUUAUGAUUCAAUCCUUAGAUUGCGUUCGAGAAUUAUUUACAGUCUUACGGUUGGCUCUUGCUAGCCCAAGUGCAUUCAAUACAUAUGUUACACAGAAAUAUACCUUCUUGUUAUAAGGCAGAAUUUAUACCCACCGGAUUUUCUCA